AUGUCUGCCUCCGCCCUCCGAAGCACGUCUCGUGCCUUGCGCCGUUGCGCCUCGCCCGCCGCCGCUGCCAUAAUCAAGAGGCCAACCGCCCAUGCUCGAUCGGCGCCUGUCCUCCAGUCGCGUGGAGCUGUCAGGCCGCUGUCUUCCCUGAAUGUCGAGGGACAGCAGCAGCUUCUCUCGAGCAACCUGCAGCAAGCCGACCCGGCCGUCUUCGACAUUAUCGAGAAGGAAAAGAACAGGCAGAAGCACUUCAUCAACCUCAUUCCUUCCGAGAACUUCACAUCUCAGGCCGUCCUCGACGCCCUGGGCAGUGUCAUGCAGAAUAAGUACUCCGAGGGCUAUCCUGGAGCGAGAUACUACGGCGGCAAUGAGUUUAUCGACCAGUCGGAACGGCUGUGCCAGCAGCGUGCGCUGGAGGCCUUCGAUCUCGACCCCUCCCAAUGGGGCGUCAACGUCCAAGCCCUCUCCGGUGCGCCGGCCAACCUCUACGUGUAUUCUGCCCUCAUGAACACCCAUGACCGCCUCAUGGGCCUCGACCUGCCUCACGGCGGCCACCUGUCCCACGGAUACCAGACUCCGACCAAGAAGAUCUCAGCCAUCUCCAAGUAUUUCGAGACAGUGCCUUACCGUCUAAAUGAGACCACGGGCAUCAUUGAUUACGACAAGCUCGAGGAGAUGGCCAUCAUCUACCGGCCCAAGAUCAUCGUCGCUGGCGCUAGUGCCUACAGCAGCCUCAUAGACUACAAGCGCAUUCGCGAGAUCUGCGACAAGGUAGACGCCUACCUCCUCGCCGACAUGGCUCACAUAUCCGGUCUCGUUGCCGCCAAGGUCCUGCCCAGUCCAUUCUCAUUUGCCGACAUCGUCACAACCACAAGUCACAAGAGCUUGAGGGGGCCUCGCGGCGCCAUGAUCUUCUUCCGCAAGGGCGUGAGGAGGCAGAAUGCCAAGACCAAAGAGGACGAGCUGUACAACCUCGAGAACCCCAUCAAUUCCUCUGUCUUCCCCGGUCACCAAGGCGGCCCCCACAACCACACCAUCACGGCCCUCUCGGUCGCGCUCAAGCAGGCCCAGACCCCCGAAUUCCGCGCCUAUCAGACCCAGGUCCUCUCCAACGCAAAGGCCCUAGCCCACCGCCUCGGGGAGUCCAAGGAGAAGGGCGGCCUUGGCUACAAGCUCGUCGGUGGCGGCACGGAGAAUCACCUCGUGCUGGUCGACCUCAAGCCCCAAGGCAUUGACGGCAGCCGCGUCGAGCGUGUGCUGGAGCUCGUCGGCGUCGCAUCCAACAAGAACACCGUGCCUGGUGAUCGCUCGGCGCUUGUACCCGGCGGCCUGCGUAUCGGCACCCCGGCCAUGACGACGAGGGGUUUCAGCGAGGAGGACUUUGGCCGCGUCGCUGAUAUCAUCGACCGCGCCGUCACCAUUGCUGUGCGCAUUGAUAAGGCGGCCAAGAAGGCGGCCGCCGAGCGCGGCGAGAAGAAGCCUGGCCUGCAACGCAUCUUCAUGGCACACCUGGGCAACGGCGACUCGGACCCCGAGAUUGUGCAGCUGCGGUCCGAGGUGUCAGACUGGGUUGGAACCUACCCACUUCCCUGGGUGUCCUCGCGCGCAUAG